ACAGCGAGUGUGCUUGCACAUCCCUUUUCAUGAGUCAAGUAAACUCAGACAACAUCCAAGGUCUUUUGGUACACUUAGGCAUUAGUUCCCGGAAAUUAUACGCAUUAAAUGUUGUUAUAAACGUGAGGAGGUAAAAAAGAAUGUUCCUGCUGCGCAAACUGAGACUUUUCUCACACAGCAAAUGUAAGGAACAAAGUCAAUCCAUCUCUGAUCUCAGUAGUUUGGAAAGUCUUCAUGACGUUGGUGUAAAUAACCCGGGUUAUGAUCUCAAACGCUCAAAAUCAGCAGAAGAACUCAAUGAUGACGUCAUAGAAUCUUUGCAGAUGAGAAAUAACCGGUCAUUGCAUUCUACUGCCAGCAACAGCACUGACGAUAGUCUUGAUGAUUAUCUUCAACCGGUUGCUGACAUGCAGAAUGAAUCGAAAUCAAUGAAAAAGGUUGCUAUUGUUAAUCCCACGACACAUGUAUUUCCCGAGGAAGAAAACAAGCUCAAACAACCUGUUGAAGAAUGUCUUUAUGAAAACAUCGAAACGUGUAAAACUCCAAAAGCAUCAGAUGAUUCCUCUGAUAUUAAAGGAGAAGAAAAUGGAGAAGCAAGUAGUAUUUAUCAAAACGUUGAGCAACUUGAAUUUAAAUUAGAAAACGACAAUCAGGAAUCGGGUUAUCAAAAUGUUGUGUUACAAACUGGAUCUACGUCAGAUGUAAGUAAGAAGAAUGAUGAAACUUGUGAAUAUGAAUUCGCACAUAGGCCUGGAACUGUACAGAAAACCGAAAAUUCGGAGGAUGAAAAAGAGAAAAAGAAAUCGGAAUUGAAUCAGGGAAUGGACAAUUGCAUAGAGGAAAGAGGACUUCAGUCCCAAUCGGUGAUUGUUUCAAGUAAUGUUUCGAACGAUCUAACCAAAUCUUCCACGAAACCAGCUAAAAAGCCAAAGCCUGCCAGACCACCACCGCCAAAGUUCUCUAAAAACUUUACCCCUUUCAAACACAGAUACACAAGUCCAGACCUGUCUGCUCAGCAUGAACGAGCUCACAAACCUCCAGAAAAAAGCAUUUCUGUUGACAGUCCUGGCAGAUAUGUGGACGACCCCAAGGUAUUAAGAGACAGGUUGAGGCUACUAUUUAGAAACGCCAAAAGUACCUCAGAACCAUCAGUGCGUAAGUCUGGAAAUGUCGAUGAUUAUUUGGACAUGUCCAACAGUCGACCUGGUGAUGUUAAAUUUGAGGACACAGAUGAUUACAUGCCAAUGAGUCUAGAAGACAGCUGUCCAUUAAAUGCAAAAUAAAAAAAAAACAAUAUACAGAUAGUAAAAAAAAAACGACUCGUACAUGUAUAUCACGAAUACUGGAACAAAACUGAGUACCAGUGGUUUAAAUUUUUGGCAUAUAUUUUUUGAAUUUUUUUUAAUCAAUUACAUAUUCUGUGAUACCCAAAUAACCCUCGGUGCUCUUGACUACGGUUGAUUGGUACUCACAAAAUAUGCUCUGGUAUUUUUUCAUUACAA